AAUAGAAGAUAACAGAGGAAUGACCCAGUUAAUUCGAGUGACCGAGUAAAAAAAGAAAAUAAAUAAAAAAAAGAGCCCACUCAUCAGCUUCGGCUUUCCACUGAGUAAUGGCGGGGUGACAACAUCUGUCUUAAGGAGUUAGCUUCAUAAAGUGACACAAGCUGGUACAUAUGUCGAAAUCGUACUGCACACACAUACGCACGGGAACAUGAUUUUUAAGAGUGCGAUUAGGUGUGUGCAAAGAGAUAUGGCCACGAUGUGUGCAAAUAUAUCGCUGUCAUUAAGUUUUAGAUAGAUAUUAAACAAAUCAAAAUAGAAUUGUGUUGUACAGAUGCAUUUACCUUGGUUUUAUAUGGUUGCAAUAUAAACUGAGGAAAAAAUAUAUAGAUAGAAGAAAAAUGGACAAUAUACUCUUUUAUAUCUGACUAUAUGUGAAGCGAUUGAUUUUAACUUGUAAAUGGUCCCUUUCACUUUCUCUGUUUUAACUCUCUCUCUCAAGUUAUUGUUAUAAACAUUUCUGUCUAGAAACAUACAUACUUAAGCACACGCGCUUACGUAUAUGCGCGUGCAUGCUACUCAUCCUUUCCAUACCUCGGGAUUUUCCCCUUUUGCGUCAAUAUUUUGAGGUGUGUAAUUAAAGAAAUUGAUCAUGGCUGCGUUAGAUACGGACUCCUUUAGCAGGCAAACUUCGCUUCGAAGAUCAAGAAGAAAACCGAACUCGCCAUAUGCAAAUAUUCGGCAGCAGUUAAAUGACCAGUUAAAAUGUUUGGAGUAUAGACUGGACACUGAAGUGGCCAUUGUCCUUGAAAUGGAGGAUUUUUUUAAGAAGAUCUCAGAAAUAGAAAGUGAAUAUGGAAAAAAUUUGGAGAGACUAGUCAGACAAAUCAAUACAAAACAUAAAACUGAAAAACAGAAACGAGAACAUUGGCCAUUUUUCUCAAUGUACACCUGCUGGCAAAAUCUACUCAACAUUACAAAAAAACAGGGCCAUGACCAUAACACACUCAGUGAAAUUUGUAAUAACCAAAUGGUAUCCCGUCUCCAAGAUAUUGUUGAAAAUUCCCAACGUAUCUUCAAAAAAUGUCGAGAAGUUGGAAUUGAAAGUCAUGAAGAUAUUUUGAAAGUUCUUCAUGAAUUGCAAAAUGCAAUGAAGACUUAUCAUGCAUAUCAAGCUGAAGCUAAGAAUGCUGAAGCUAAAUUGCAAGAUGUCCAAGCACAAAAGAAGAAACUUGAACAACAACUCCAAGGUAAAACUGGAACCACAAGAAGUUUAAAAAGAUUUGAACAUAGGGAAGAAAAGCGGAAACACAAAUACAAUGAGAACAAAUUAAAGGCUUUGAAAGCACGAAAUGAUUAUCUUUUAUGUAUAGAGUCUGCGAAUGCUGCCAUUAAUAAAUAUUACUCUGAUGAUAUCACAGACCUUAUGGAUUGUAUGAAUUUUGGUUACCAUAGUUGUGUUGCUCGAACUAUGAAAAUGUAUCUUUCAUCCCACGAACAGUUACGUAACUCUCACCAGAGAGCUAUUGACCGACUGAAUCAGUGCAUCCAAGGUCUUGAUGCUCGGGCAGACAAACAAAAGUUCCUUGAGUUACACAAUGCUAUGUUCAUGUUACCAAAAAAGUUUGAGUAUCAACCAUAUAAAGGAGAUGAGGCACGCUCUAUCAAUGCAGUUGUGGAUGAAAUGACUCAUCGCUGUGAAACCUUAAAAGCACGAUUAGAAGGUGUACACUUAGAAAAUGAUGAAUUGUGGAAAACACUUGAGACUGCCGAAAACUCUCUUAUGAAAAUGAUCUCUGUGAACGAUCACGAUGUGACACUCCUCUUCUUAACUGAUAACCCUCCUCCACCAAAGUCUCCACAUGAGGCUGCAAAACACAAAGCAGAUCGCUUGGAGACAGAGUCCUAUUAUCUUUCUAAAUUUAAGGAAUACACGCUUAGCUGUAAUCGUCUUGCUCGGUUGCAAUCAAAACACAACGCUAUACAGAAAGCUGCUGGUGAAGGUAUAAACAAUUCAGGAACCAUAAUGCGACCUUUAUCUUUCCGAGCAAAACCUAGGAAGCGUCGUAUUGGCCGUACACCACCUGUAGGGCAGCCAAAAUUAUUUGGAGGCAGUCUUGAAGAAUACAUUGAUAAUACAGGAGAAGAAAUUCCUCUGAUUAUUCGUAGUUGCAUACGUGUUAUAAAUCUUCACGGCAUUCAUCAUCAGGGUAUAUUCAGAGUAUCUGGCUCUCAAGUUGAAAUCAAUGAAUUUAAAAGUAGUUUUGAAAAAGGUGAAGAUCCCCUGAUAGAUAUGGUGGAUGCUAGUGACAUUAACUCUGUGGCUGGUGUGCUCAAACUGUAUUUUAGAGAACUACGGGAACCUCUUUUUCCAUUGCAUUUAUUUGAUGAACUGAUCAAUUGUACAAGAGUAGAAGAUCCUAAUAUUCGUAUUGAAAAGAUUAAGGAAUUAAUAACCACCCUACCCCGCUCCAUCUUUAUUGUAAUGAGAUAUCUCUUUGCUUUCUUAAAUCAUCUGUCAGAAUACAGUGAUGAAAAUAUGAUGGAUCCUUACAACCUUGCCAUCUGCUUUGGACCAACCCUUCUUCCUAUCCCACCUGACAGGGACCAAGUUAGUUAUCAAAGCAAUGUGAAUGAUCUCAUCAAAACUAUUAUCAUCAAUCAGGAAGAAAUCUUUCUCAAUGAUGGUGGGGAGGUUUAUGAAAAAUGGAUCCUGGAUAACCAGGAUAACAUUGAUGGCAAUGAAGAAGAUGAAGUAGGUUCCUUGCCAAGUGAUGAAGAAGCCUCCUUCUGUGAUAAUGAUCUGUUUGAAGCAACUGCACUCUACGACUUUGAAGGUCGGACGGAAAGGGAACUGUCUUUCAAGAAAGGCAAUACAUUGGUGAUAUUCAAGCAAGUCUCCAGUGACUGGUGGGAAGGUUGUUUUAAUGGCAAAGAAGGCCUUAUACCCGAUAAAUAUGUUACACUUAAAACCGGGCGUGAGGAUAAAAGAAACCACAGUAGCAGUGGUGAUGAAGAUAAACACAGCUCUACUUAUUCUUUGCCUCUGAAGCCUCCAAUGAGGCAACUUAGUGAUGAUAGUGCCACCAACCAACAGCUGGCGAAAUGCAUGUCUCAACCAAAUAUUCUUAUUCAACAAGAGAGACCAGACAGCCCUAAAACGUCUGCCCAGUGUCCUUCAUCGCCGAAAAUGCACAUGAAAUUAGAGGCACCACCCCUUCCGAUGAUUCGUGAAAGAGUUGUUAAAGAACACCCCGUAAAAGAAGAAAAAUCCGAGCCGCCCCAACCAACUAGUGUAACUGCCACCAGCACCACCUCAACAGCAACAACGACAACUGCAAUAUCCAGUUCUGUCAGCAGUGAAGAAGUGGCAGCUAUUGAGGAUGCUCUUGCCAAGAUGAUGUCUGGUAUCAAGUCAUUAGAAGUACAACAGAAAACUGAUAAAAGAAUGAGCUUGCCAGCCAUGAAGAGUAAACCCACUCCUAAACAUACACCUGAUUUAGUUUUAGACCUACCUGAAGGGUCAGACUCCCCACCCUCACAGGAGAACAGUGAGCCUGGUAGCCCCACUGUCAUUAGUGGUGCUGAUGCUUUUGCUAAGUCCAAUCAAAGUACAUUAAAAAAAGGGCAUCCUUUAUUGCGCACACCAAUAGCACUUAAUCGGCAUAGUGCCCCUGAGGACACACAGCCACCAGGUGGACUCGUGCAGUCAUCAGUUAUAAAGAGAAGCUUUAGCACACAAGUGCCUGGUGGCCGUAUUUGUCCAAGCCCCAUGCCUCCUGCAGGACUUGCAGAAGUUCCUAAUGAAGGGAUGUGUUCCACAGCCCCACCUCCAAUACCAGAGAAGCCUAAAGUUGCAAUGAAGGCUAAACCCCCUGUUAUGCGCAAACCUACAAAAUCUCCGGAUCCCCAGCGCAAAUUUAACCCACCUGAUGAAAUUACUGAAAUAGCAACAACUGCAACUCCUCCACCAGCAGCAACUACUGCUGCAUCGUCAACCAAGCAAUAAAAAAUGAACUCAUCUUAAGAGAUUUCUAAGAAGGAAAAUAUGAAAAUUUUAUGAAAAAUAUUGAUACCUUGAGAAUGGAAUGGAAUUAAAAAAGUAACAUCUAGUAAUGAAUGAAACAAAAUUUCUUACCAGCAGCUUUGAAUUGUCAGUUGAUAGAAAGGAGGGUGAAGUGGAUUCAUUUGGAAAAAGACUGUAGAAUUUAAUAGUGUAAGCAUUCUGGGUAUUGCCAUUUUUGACAUCCAUUGCUGAGCAGAGGAUCUAGCUUACACUUUUUACUCCUUCCCACCUUUCCAACUCUCUUCUCUAUCUUAACAUUUUUGUUUUUUUAUAACUUAACCCUGUUUUGGAUUCUUCUUUUCAUAGGUCACUUUGAAUUGUGUAAAUGCUACAAUAAACUCAUUUUUUUGAGGAGGGGGUACAUAAUUACCUAUAUGCUCAUUCAUAUUUACUCUCAAAAUCAUUGCCAAAUAUAAAUUUUCCUGGUACAGACUGAUUUAAACAAAAGUUAUUUCUAAGUUUGAAUUUUUUUUACCUUUGUAAAAACAAAACAACAUUAAAAUCAAUUAGGAGUUUGUAUAUACUGAUGAUUGAUUCAUUACUUUUGAUUAUAGCCUAAGUAAUUCUUCAAAUGACAAUGCACAAGUGCAGAUACAAAACUAAAAAAAGUUCCCCUCUCAUGUAAAAAUGUUGUAUUAGUUAUUAAUUUACUAUACAAGGUAUUGACUACUCAAUAAAAUGUAGAAACAGAAUGUUGUUUCUUUGCUGUGUAGAGCUUACAUUUGACUGUGCGCAAGAAAAAAUGAAAAAGGAGUAAAAUAAUAGAAAAAUGUUUGAAAAAACAAACAAGACGUGCAAAAUAUUUUACUUCUCUUUAUUACCAAUAAUGUUUUUAGCUUUAUUAAAAAGGAAUAUAUAAAUUGUAUACAUUAUAUAAAUCUUGCUUGCUAUGGAAGCUAAAAGAAUAUAUAUUUUAUUUUCUAUAUAUUCUGUACUUUAAUAGUUCAGAGUGGAGAUGCUAUCUCAUUUUAGUGAUUAUAUAUCAUUUGAUAAAAACUAGUUUAUCUGAAGCCCAUAUAGAUUUUUACUGAUUUUCAGUACACAGUGCAACGUCUCAUACUAUUAGGUUGGAAAGAAAGUCCUGUCACAUCUCAAGAUGAUAAAGGAAAAAAUGCUUUUUUUAGUCUUAUUUGAUAUAUUUAACAAAGACAAUAUUGCCCCUCUUUAUUGAUAACAUAAUCCCAUCUGUUUGGGUGUAAAAUUCUUCAGGUUUUGAAGUAAAGAAACACUCAAUAUUAAUUGUUAACCUCUUUACAAUUAAUAAACAGUUACGAGAUACUGUUGCAAUGAUCUGAAAAGAUGAGUCAGAAGAGUAAGAACAAUGAAGCAAAAAUUCUAUAUUAAGUGCCAUAAUCUUUCCCUGUGUGACUAGGGCAAUAUGUGGUCUUAAAUUACUGUAUAAGAGCAACACCUCUUUGCAAUUAACUAAUGUGCAAUGCUUCUGAUUAAUAAUACUUCUCCAUAUUAACUGUUUUAUAUUGGUUUAAUGCUUCAUGAUAGAUGACACCCUUCAAACAUAGAGCAUAACUUUUUUCAGGUGUAGUUCUGGUUUCAGGAUGUAUUCUCCUUUUUCAUCAGGUACCAGUCAUUUGUUGUUUUCAUUGAAUAUGAUUAUAGAGAAUCCCGUUUUCAUCACUGAUAAUGUUUAUACCCAAGAAAAGUUCAAUAACAAAUCUACUCUUCAUUGAUGAACAGAGGGCAACUCAUUGAUUAAGCUGAGAAGUAGCCAGAUGAUGAGGGAACUACUAAGUUUAGACACAUCUAGUUGACGAAAACACUUUAUGAUCAAGGUGUAACUUGAAUUCAGUUGUUUUGCUAAAUCUUGUAUAGUUUCCUUUGAAUUUUCCUCAACUAUAAUUUUCAGAAGCUCAAGGUUGAUAGAAUUUAGUCAUUCAGAUUGAAGGAAAUCUGUGAAAGAAAAAUUUCCCAAGUGAAACUGGAAUGUCAUUGUGGCAUGUCCAGACAUCUAUACACAUAAACCUUCAUUUCCAAAGACAACUAAAUAUUUCUUACUGCUUUUAUUGCUGACAAGUUCUUUUGAGUUCAUACAGCAUGCAGUGUCUGAUAUAGGUCUAAGAUAAAAUCAUUUUAAAAAGAUAAAGUCGAUACAAAUUUAACCUCUAUCAUAUAAAGUAAUUUGCACAAAGAGAAAAGACAUUAGAAUGUAAAAACUAAUACUUGUUUGACUAUAAAUAUUGAAAAAGUACCUCAAAGUAAUCAUGUCAAAAAUACAACAGGACUUACUUUCCAACCUAAUAUUUCUGAGUUUAAAUGCUGUUCGGGGUUUACCUUUUCUACUUCUACAGGUAUCAAUAAAAUAACUAUCCAUAAUUAUUUUCAGGUCAAUCAAUCACAAAUGUUCUUUCUCCUUAUAUAUACAAAGAAUGAUGUGCCAAAGAAAAUAUUUCAAACAAAUAAUUGGGGGAUCAAUUUUGAAGUAAUUUGUGACAUAUUUAUAUGGUUGAAUGCAUAUAAUGUAAUAUUUCCAGUUAACUUGCAGCAGUGUACAUUUCUCAUACCAUUGAUUUAAUGCUACAAAGAUAUGAGGAGAUAUAAAACAUUAAAACAGUUGCAGAAAUUAAAGGGAAGGUAAGAAAGCAUACUAAAGAAAGUGGAGAUUGAGAAACAAACAUUAAAAAUAUAGAAGUGAAAAAAGUUUUUCAAAAUUGAUAGUGCACCAGUGCUCAAUAGCUAAUAAUGAUUGUAGCAAAUAAUAAAGAAUCUUCCCGAAUC